AUGGCCGCUGACAAUGAGCGCCGUGACAACUUGGAACAACAGGUUGCCGGUAUAAAUCAAUCCCUACAAGACAUAUUGGCAGCCCUUCGCCUUGGUGAUCAACCCCAUAAUCAACGGAUGCCCAAUCCGCUACCGCGUCGGGAUGAUCGUGAUGGGUACCGGAUCAAGGCAGAGAUUCCAAUCUUCAAUGGCAGCCUGGAAAUUGAGCCAUUCUUAGACUGGCUUAAUGAAGCUGAACGGUUCUUCGAAAUUAUGGAAAUUAGCGACGAAAGGAAAGUAUCAAUAGUCGCAUACAAAUUACGAGGAGGAACCGGAGCAUAA